UCGAAGUCACUGCCGAAAAGAUCAACGUCAGCAGCUGUUUGGUUUAUAAACAAACCAUAAAGUGUUCGAUUAAGUCUUUCAAUCUUUGAAAGACUCGAUAAAUGAAGAGUACUUCCUUUUCAAGUUGAGUUAAAGGCUUUUGAACUGAUCCAGCUGCACAAUCAACUCGCUUGUUCGAGUAGACAUCAACAAUGCCAGAAGAGGAGCGAAUUAUAACUUCUCCUGUUGCAAGCAACGUCAAAAAUCCACCAUGGGGAACUGAACCAGACACACCAAACACAGCGUCUGGAGUAAGAAAGAAGCAGUUCCCUUGGACAACUUACUCGAGAGAUUAUGUAGGAGCGACCGGAACACCUGCACAUCCACAAAGAAUGAGAACCGCGGAGCAUCUACCAUCAGGCUGGCCAUUUGAAUCAAGUCAUUAUCACAGCACAUUUAGAACACCCCAGCUGGCGUACUGCAGACACAAUGUACAGCCCUACUCCGUGCAUCGGAAAAAUAAUCCACAUGCAGCAAUUCUCGACCCAUGGAAGUACCCGGAUAAGAGUUACUUGGUGUGGAGGGACAAUCCAUCUUUGAAUCUCCCGCCUGUUCGGGAAUCGCAGUCGGCACCGAACAUUCUCCAACAUAACAAGAGCCGUUGGAUGUCAACAACAUACAAUACCACCUUCAACGCAAGACCUCUGGAACUUCCAAACUACAAACCAAGAACUGCAUGGAAAUCAGACCGCUUCAGACCGACCUCCAAAGCCCAGACCCCUGCUCUUCAUUGGCAGACUGAGUACUCUCACGACUUCAGAGGAGCCCGAGGAAGACCAACCACGACUGAACGCCCGUGGGACAUGUCUUGGAGUAACUUAAACAUGUGACAUGCGCAAGAAUUGCUCCCCGAUCACCUGAAUAUGACGUCUGAACCAGCCAAUCAAAGCUUAGAAUCCAUUUAGAAAGUUUAAAAGUAGAGUUGUUCGCCUUUUGUUUCCUGUGAGUCAUUUUAUGAUAUAAUGUUGUGACUGCGAAAUUUGCUGAAAUUUUGUGAAAGAUUCAACCACAAGCUUAAAACAUAAAAUUUGUAUUUUGUAAUGUUAAAAAUUAUAUAUAUUUUUUAGUGAAAUAAAAAUGCAGUGAAACACAGUCAUCCUUUAUGACGCAGAACCCUCUUGGUCCCCGAUGCAAAUUACAACAAAUUAUCGGUAUAAAAUUGGUUAUAAUGGGAGACGGUAUGCGAGGAAAACUCGGUGGUCUGAUGGUUGAAGCGUUAGACUUUGUUUCGACGAAUCUGGGUUCGAGACCUGGCCGGUCAUCGUGGUGUGUUCUUUGAGUAAGGCGAGACACUAUUUUACCUACUAAAUAGGUAUCAGAAAGAGAAUAUGUACUCAAUAAAUAUUAUCAUAGGUCACGGGGAUAAGUUCUAUAAGUUUACAAUCUCUUAGUACCAGCCCACUGUCAGGGAAACUUGACGGAGGAGCAAUACUUUCACUUACUUCCAUGCCAGUCAAAACAACAAGUGGAAAGAGGCUAAUAUAACACACAACGUAGCUUAAGGUCUUGCAUCUGUUAAGAAACAAAAGUUUGGCGAUGUAGAAAAAAAAAAGAACAAAACAUAACGAAGAAGAUUGUUGGCAAAAAUUAAGCUGAAAGGGAAUUUCCAGCGCGAUAAGCUCUUGACGCGAACUAAUUGCUCUGCUUUGUCAAACGCAUUGUUUGAAAAUGAGUAAUAAUCCAAUUUGAUAACCAGUUUUAAUUCAGCAUGGAUGAAAGUCUGUUACUCUUCCCUCUAUCAGUUAUUUCUGCUGAAACUAUCUUGGCUGGUCUGUCUGCGGUAACCGUAUAAAUGUUCUGUUUGACAUGCACUGUUGGGAAAAGGUUCUAAGAAAUAACACUGCGGUAUACGAGGGUGAUAUUGGUCUGAUGGUUUGACGUAAAGUACACUAUAAUAAAGAGAAGCUUUUAAAGGGAUUACAGCUAUGUUUACUUAA